AUGAAGGGAAUACCACUACAGAAAGGGGAGAAGGCGCAGAGAUCACACGUUGGAGAGUGUACGAGAUUGAUGACGGGGACACCAGAGGUGCAGGACGAUGUGAGGGCCCCCUUGGGGGAGUUUGCCCGUUUGAAUUGGUUGGACGGCGGGUACGUUGCCACCGUGCAGGAGGGGCUCAGGGGACACGAGCAGUUGAACAAGAUCCAAGAGAUGACACGGUUGCUGAAGGGGCUCAGUGAGGAAGGUGAGCAGCUCGGGGGGUCCCCCGAGUCCGAGAACUUCGACUGGACCGCGGUGUACGAGGUCGCGUCCCAGGUGAUCGACGAGUACACGGAGAGGGCGGACAAGAUAUGGGGGCAACUGGACAACCUUAACAGGAGGGUCUGUCUGUGGCAGGACUCCGCGUUCCAGAUGGACACGCACCGCGGGUUUCUGGACGUCAACAGGGCGGAGAAGUGGAUGGACCUCAAAGAACGGUACCUCGGGCAAAAGAGGAGAUUGCUGACACAGUCCGUCGACGAGAUAAAAUCGACAGUCGCUAAGCUACCGACGACGUGA